UAAGGGACAUGCUAAUGUUAUCAGACAAACAUACAGCAAUAGCUACAAUAAAGGAGAGGAGUGCAGCUGGAGAGAGAGAUGAGGAGCCGCCAGACUGGUGAGAAACACGCUAAUGCUAAUUAUAACAAGCACGCUAAUAGACAAAGAAAAACAGCUACUACAGAAGAGAGGGGUGCAACUGGAGAGAGAUGAGGAGACGAACAGCUUGUGGGAAACACAACCUUCUCACACAACAACAGACAUGUUAAUGCUAAUGCUAACAGACAAAGAGUAACAGUUACUAUAGAGGAGAGGAGUGAAGCUGGAGAGAGAGAUUAGGAGCUGCCAGACUGAUUUGAAACAUGCUGCUGAUCAAAGUUAGAUAUCAGGACUCCAGGAAAUUUAUCAGACUUCAGGAUGGAUUUACUUUUGCAGACUUUGUUAAUGAAGUCCACAGUAGGUUUGGCCUACCACCUGAGACAAAUCUACACAUUUAUGAUGACACUGAAACUGAGAUAGACAAGGACAUUUUACAAGAUGUGCUCAAUGCGAGACCUGAUACGUCGCUCAUUAUUGUUAGAAGAGAGAAUGAAGAAAUGUUAUCAGAUGCAACAAGCAGCUCUUGGACUGACAUUUUGUCACUUAGUCAUUCAUCAUAUGAACUUGACCAAAUGCCAGAACGACCUUACAAGAAAUCUAAGACACAUGAUGCAGCAGCUGAGGCAAAAGAGAUGGUUCGUAGUGCCCUAAAGCAGACAAGUGGAGGAGAUGCUGUCCUUGCUGAAUACAGUUCCAAAAAUACACUUUCAAGUGAAAUGAGACGAGUCCUAGUCAACAUUUUGGUUGGACAUAUGGUGGAAAUGCAUGGGAGAAUUCCCACAAGGAACCAGAAAGAGACGUAUGCUCUAGGUGUUGUGACUCUUUUCCCAUCACUAAAGGAUCCGUUUUCAAAAAAAGGCUAUGAACAUUUUUAUGACACAGACAGUGGGACUGGAUACAUUGCAUGGCGACUGAAGACUGUUCAGAGGAACGCCAAGAAGCGAAAUAAGCCUAGCAUCUUCAAAAGAAGUGAGACUGGCUUGAGUGGACCUUCUUGGAACAGAUGUUCCAGCUUUGAGCAGCAGGAUGAGGAUACUUUAAGAGAGGCAAUUGCCUUUCUUACUCAUUCCACAGAUGAAGCACAGAUCUUACUCAAAAUGAGGGAGACUUUUCACUAUAGGCAUAGGCUUGUUCAUGACCCAAACAAGACGACAGACAUUCUGAAGACCUUUCCUACAUUUCUAAACACUAAGGGACUUGUGAAUCAAGACUUCUCACUACUCUUCAGUCCUGAAACAUCGUCCAAGUUGCUUGAAAUGUGGGAUACCACUUUUAAGGCAAAAAUAAUCGAAGAAGCCAUAGGCUUGACUUCAACUGCUGUUGUGUGCUCACUUCUUCUGUCAGCAAAUAACCAGAGAGAUAGUGAACAUUGUUCUGACUGGGACAGUGACAUGGCAACAUUGCUUUUGCUGCUCCAUCUACUUCCACCAUCACCUGGAAAGAAGGUCUCAAAAAUCAGUGCAUCAGAUGCCAUAAACAGGCUUGUGGUGUAUCAGAAGUCUCGUACCAGCCUUGAACAACAUCUUCAGCAACGAGAAGGAAGACAGCCAUACCUCCUUACUGUUGGCAGGAACCGCAACCAGAUUGAACACUUUUACAUAGCUCUGAAUAAGAAUCUCAUCCCCUGUCAGUCGGAUACAUCCCUCGGUGCAUUCGAUGAACUAUUUAAAGCACAUUUUGUUUUUAAUUUAGCGUAUGAUGAGGCACUCCUUCAUUUUUACACUUUCAUUCAGACAACAAUCUACAUGGUUGAUGUAGGGAAAACCAAGGAGUCACCAAGAGUUAAGGAGCUGAGAGCAAAAUUACUGAAUUAGCCAUAUAUGUUUUAAAUGCAAAUAAUCUUUUGUAACUCAGUAACAACAGUUUGGGUCCGAAUUAUAGUCUUGUUAAGAAUACCCCAUUAUUUUUUGGUGAUGUGGUGCCACAAGACAAUAGAAACUGGAAUUUGUUGCGAAUAAUCAACUUUGUCUUUUCUCCAGGGGUUUCUGAUGGCAUGACUGUAUCUCUUAAACAUCUAAUCAAAGAGCACCAUCAGCUUUUUAAAAUUUUGUACACCAAUCAACAUGCAAUACCUUACCAUUUCAUGGUCCAAAAAACAAACUUUUCAAAAAUUCUCCAACUUUAAGAAUUGAAGUUGGAGAAUUUUACCAAGUUUCUUGCCAGGAAACAUACAAAGUCCACUGCAUAUCAGUGGGACUCAUUAACAUUUCACCACAAAGAGUAUGGGCCAAUGUUUUUAAUUUUGAAUACCAAGAUGGUGGUAAAGAAUUGUUGUGAUCACUUACAAUUCCUGUGUAUACAAAUAUAUGUUCCACUAAUUAGGUUAGAAUUGUUUCCAUUGAAUACAAAGUUGAGCUAAUUGUUUGUAAUGAGUAAAAUAAUGAAAAUCCUGU